UCGAUUCACAUAGUAUCUGCUUCGGUCCUUGCCUCGCCAUGGACUUGGCCAAACUCGGCAUUUUGCUGAUAGCGAUGGUUGGAUUAAUAUUUUCUGCUCCUGCUCCUGACGGACACCAUCAUAAAAAAUUCAUAAUCCACGUGCCUUACAAGAUCCACACAAUUCAUCAUCACCAUAUAAAGAAGAUUCCGAUCUUCCACCACUACGAGCAUUACGAUCACCACCACCACCAUCAUCACCACCACCACGAGGAGGUUCACCACGACUACCACGAGGACUACCACGACGAUCAUUACUAACCUGCGGCCUUAGCUCCAGAUUUAAGUCAUCGCAAGGAUAAUGUAAUCUAGAUUCAUCGUGAUCAUCACGCAUCAUCAUCAUACAUCAUCAAGUCAUCAGUGUGACAUCAUCAUUCACAUAAUCACACCAUUGAUCAUCAUAGUCAUCCUCAUCAUAAGUAAUGUUGUUACUAAGAUUAUUCCAAAGAAAUUCUUCACUCAUAGGUUUAGUGCUUCAACAACAAAAAGU